AUGCAUCCAACCAUAUUCGAUGAUGGAUUUCAACCUGUUCAAACUGGCAAAAAGACUUGGAGCCAACAGCAAGCCACAUCAACCAAAAUUAAGCGAGAGGGAGUUAACAAUGACAAUAGUUUUCUGGCACUCGCAACAACUGAUUUCUGGCUACUACAAAAUGCCACCUGCCCAAACAAGGAUGAUGAUGCUUCGUCGGUCAACACCCUAGACACAAUGGGCACGGCAUCCAUAACGGGAGAGGAGCAUUCCACAAUGCCGCAGAGGAGAAAUCUAAAACCGGAGCAGUCUGCAAACACUUCGACAUUAUCCACCAAGAAACAGGCACGACAUAAAUCGUCACGAAACAUCACAGCUAUUCAACCAUUGCCAUUGCCACCGAUCCUCGCAACCCAACGAGUUUCCCCGGCAAUUUGGGAAUCGAAUACCACUGCCAAAUCCAAACAGCCGAAGAUACGAACGCAUAAAAGAGGACAAACGAACCAAAAGAAGAAAGGAAAUUCAUCGUUUGAUCUCCUUCCCAACAACGCCAUGUGGCCGAAUUUGACACAGGUAGAGCACAACGCAAAGCAAUCGAUGUUGUCUCCUACAACCACUACCACGACUACGACCACGACCACAACACACGACACGUAUAUUAAUGUGCUGAACAACCGGCGGACGGAUCAUACUCCAACAACUCGAACCCAAGAGAACACGAAAAUGGAUGCCGCUAAGAUACCCGGUUCCAACAUCACUACCCUUUCCAAUCCCAGCAAUUAUCAUGCUUCGAACGACAUCCAUUCAAUCAAGAACACGACCAGCGUCAAGUCGGCGUUGACAAGAGAUGAAUCUGAUCACAUUGUCAAUUAUAACGGGGCCAAUCGCGAUGCUUCGUCAGUACCAAUACCCUUGAUCUCUUCUGUGGUAACCUGUGAGUCGACGGGCAACAUCAAGUCCAGUGAUACUGUUUCGAACCAACACCUUGUACUUCCGAGCGCAUCGCCUGCUAGCAAUCAUGUGCUGGUUGAGAUUCGUGAUGAAGUCAACACACGAGCUAAUGCCACGGUCGACAACACCAUCACCAUGCGCCAUGACAAAGUCGAUGACCAGAAAAAUCUCAUAGGCACUGGUUCUGACAUCACCAAACUGCUGCUUAUCAACGAUCAACAGGAAUUUCAGCGGUCCCAAGUCUUUGGAAGCACAACCAGUUCCUUCCAUGCCUUGUCCUCACUGCGGCUCCAUUGUCGAUCCUCAAGUGAUGUCUUCGAGCCAUUCCUCUGA